ACCUUUGUCCCAUUUAUAACGCUCAGUACAACGAGUCACUGAUGGUGCUGAAUAACCAGAUCAGAAACCCUGACUGUUACGGGGUUGCUGACUUCACUUCCACCCCUCCACUUUUAAGAUUCAGAUUCCCUAUUAACGACACCUCCUCCUCAAGCUGCGCCAACAAAUAUGUGAUAAUCACUGACAAAGGAACAGGACAGUUUUCAGAUUUCUCAAAUGUUCAGUUCGUCAACAUUUCCGGCGCCGUUACGGCCAUCGACCCCUCUGCAGGUACGAUCACAUAUCGUUCGCAGAUCCUGUACUACUUCUCCUGCUACUACCCUCUGCACUAUGUGCUCAACAACACUCAGCUCAGCGUGGCAGGGGUGAACGUUGCCAUAAGAGACAACAAUGGUAGCUUCAUCAGUACUCUGAGUAUGCAGCUGUACAGCGAUAACAAGUAUCAACAGGUGCUACAGAUCCCAGCAACAGGACUCAACCUUAAGACCAAGAUUUAUGUGGAAGUUAAAGCUACUAAUCUAACACAGAAGUUCCAAGUUUUACUGGACAGAUGUUACGCCACAACAAGUCCAUUACCUGCUCUAAGCACUUCCUAUGACCUCUUUGUUGGGUGUACCCGUGACCCACAGACAGUCAUUGAUUUAAACGGCGAUUCACAGUCGGCACGAUUCAACUUCGAGGCCUUCAGAUUUGUGGAACACAAAAAUCUGACAAUUUCCACUUUCUACCUGCACUGCCUCACCAGACUCUGUGAGACAAGCGCAUGUGCCUCCCUAAAGCCUGUCUGUACUUCAAGAAGAAAGAGGGACGUCCCGAGCGAUACCCCCUCAGCUACUGUCACUUCUGUUGCUAUACCUGUCAGUGAAAACUCCGAAGCUGCUAAAAGCUCCUCCGCUUCUCAAGGUAAUGAUCAUCUAUAUCUGACGCUGGUCUGGGGGAUCAUCCUAAAUGGACUGCUUUCUUGCAUCAACUGAGAUCAUCUACAGCCGUCCGAUACUCGCCAUCAUCGUCUGCAUCUGCAUCCUCGCCGUCUCGGUCGCUGCCCUGGCUGUUUACUUUGUUUUCCACACAAGGCGAAGAAAACAACUCAUGGGAUAAAGUCGCUUGAUCAAACUGGAGCUCCUUUCUCAUCUCUAACUCUUCAUCAUCUCCAAAGCAUGAGCAACUCACUUAGUCAUCAAAUUUGGCAUGCACGUAUAUAUUUAUAUAAAUCACAUAGUGGAUUAAUAAAGGCUCAGUAAAUGUAUAUUUAACUGUUCAUUGAAAUCACUUUUAAGUUGCAGUCGUUUUAUUCAGCUUACAUUGAAGUAUAUAAUAGGAGGUGGCAUCUUUUGUGAUCACAAAUGUGGUUCUUCUGAAUUGGUUUGGAUGAGAACAAGUUUAAAAAAGGAGUUUUAUUCUUUUUUAAUGGCUGACAGCGUCUGAACAGACUGGUUUAGAUAUCACAUGUUGGUGUAAAAUGUCAAUUUGCCCACUGAAUAUGUAUAUAGCUAAUAUGUAUGUAGAAAAUAUGCAUGUGGAAGAAAUGUUCCUGCUGUAUUCUUUUGUCACUUUGAAUGAACUACACUGUCUUUAUGCUGAACAAUAGAAUAAAUAUGAAAGGCUACAA